AAAAUAAAAUAAAACCGCGUUGUUUACUGUUGCGGCAGUUGGCCAGGAAAGGGGAGUUGAGUGACGGCGUCGGUCCGGCGGCGGCAAUGUCCUGCUGGGACGGCCUGCGCGCCCGGCUUCGGUUCGGCCGGCCGGCGCGCGGCGGUCUGGUGACACUGGCUGCCGGCUUCCUGCUGCACCUGUCGCUCGGCUGCGGCUACAGCUACGGCAACUUCACCACCUACCUGACCUCGUACCUGGCCGUGCGCCGCCGGCUGCCGGUCGACUUCGGCGCCACGCUGUGGGUGGACGCCGCCAUGACGGCCGCCGAGGGGCCGGGCGUGUUCCUGGGCAGCAUCUGCUACCGCCGGCUGGGACCGCGGCUGACGCUGCUGGCCGGCGGCGUGCUCAGCUCCGGCGCGCUGGCGCUCAUGUACGUCGUGGUCGACACGUCGCUCGCCUGGGUGAUCGUCGUGUUCGGCGUGGUGAACGGUCUGGGCGUCGGGUUGGCCUACAGCCCGCCGCUGCUAGCCGGCUUCAAGUGGUUCCCGCACCACCGCGGCCUCAUCAGCGGCCUGGUGGUCACCGGGUUCCGGCUCGGCGGCAUCAUGUUCACUACCAUCCAGACCAGCUUCCUCAACCCUGACAACGUGCUGCCCGAUCCCGACGAUGGCUUCUUCUACGACGACGCGCUGCUGGACCGCGUGCCGUGCCUGUUCCUGGUGGAAGCCGGCGUGAGCGUGGUGUUCCAGUUAAUCGGCGUGCUCGGUGUGCACGACCCGCCCGCCGAGCACGACCGACUGACCCCCGAGCCGGGCUUCGGCCGCGCGCCGAGCGAUACCUCUGACACCUCCGCCACAGCGGCCUCUGAGGGCGCUGACCGUCAGGAGGACCGCAACAAGACACCAGCGAGCCGCAGCCCUUCAGUAGACAGCGCUGAGCAGACGACCUCCUGGAAGAAGUCGCUGCUGACGCUGCCGGCGCUGCAGCUGACGGUCGGCUUCGCCAUGUGCAUCCUCACGCUGUCCAUCUUCAACCCGCUGUGGAAGGCGUUCGGACAGACGUUCAUCCGCGACGACCACUUCAUGGAGCUGGUGGGCUCCGGCUCGCUGGUGCUCGGCCUCAUCGGCCGCCUCGUCUGGGGCGUGCUCUGCGACAUGUUCAGCUACAAGCCCAUCAUGCUGAUGAUGACAGGACUCAUCUGCUUCUUCACAUUCACGCUGCCGGCCUGCACGGAGGGCAGUCAGGUGAUGUUCCUGUUCUGGGUGUGGUCCAUCUACUUCUGUUACGCCGGCGUGUUCUCGGUGGUGGUGACCGGCACGGCCGACUGGCUCGGCACCGACGUCGCCGGCCACGUGUACGGGGUCAUCUUCAUGACGGGCACGCUGCUGUCGCUGCUGGCGCCGCCGCUGGCCGAUGCGGUGCUCGACAGCCGCGGCUACCCGAGCGUGUUCCUCGUGUCGGGAGGGUUCGCCGCCGUCGCCUUCGUCGCCGCGCUGACGUUCCGACACAUCGACCGCACCGAUGUCGACUACCAUCGAAUGCAGCCCGACUUGCCGGUGAAACUGUGACUAGAGCGCGAUCGACGCGACGGGGACGCGACUGGGCGUGGGAGGGACGGUCUUUGUGGCGAGGCGAAAUGGGUAACAGUGGUGGGCAUAUCUCGAGUGUUUUAUCAACGUUUAAUUCAGGGUAGCACAUAUCAAUGUAGGUGUCUGAGAAAUUACCUUAAUAUAGGGCAUUUAUUAUGGCGUGCUAUGAAUGGUACACUUCCUACGGUAUCCCAUUCUUCUUAUCUUACUUUUUGUCUAACGUCUUGUUCACUAUUUGUGGUCUAAGAUGAUAUUUUAUUACGUACCUAGCGAGUAUAUUAGUAAAUUAGCUAAACUAAUGAGCCGCCAGUAAUACGAUGCAACAGAAAUAUUGUAAUACCCAAGAUUACUUCACUACUCCUACCUACAUUGCACAUAUGAUAACGAAACCAACACGCACCGCACGCCUUUUACCAUAUGCAUAUAGUGUGCUCUACGGACUGGCUACUACCUAGUGUACAAGUCCCACCAGUUAUGUAUUUUACCUACAGUUAGGUAGUUGUAAGCAUGUAGAUAUAAAGCCAUGUAGUGUGUACGUAACGUAUGUGCGUAUAAAGGCGUGGGAUGUUGAUGCAUGCAUUUGUGUUUUGUUAUUUGCAUGCCGACAUACGUGAAUUGAGUGCAAUAUAAUAUAGGGCGAUUUA